GCCCCGAAAAGGGACCAAAACAAUACGCAUCACAAAGACUACAGCAAUUUUAGUGAACCGUACAGUGCGGGAAAACGGCCGCAGCUCAGUGUCGCAAUCUCCAGUUGCUUUGCGAAUAUAUACUACAGUGAUCGAUUGAGAGAUGGUUUCGCCAGUGACAGUGGUGAAGAGCGAAGGCCCUAAACUGGUGCCCUUCUUCAAGUCUACCUGUGUCUACUUCGUCCUGUGGCUACCAACCUCAAGCCCUUCUUGGUUCAGCGCCCUCAUCAAGUGUCUACCCAUCUUCUGCCUGUGGCUCUUCAUGCUGGCCCACGGCUUCAGCUUCUUAGGUGCCCACUCCAGUGCUCGCAAGAUCCUGGCCGGUCUCAUCUUCUCUAGCCUGGGAGAUGCCUUUCUCAUCUGGCAGGAGGAUGGCUACUUUAGCCACGGUUUGCUGAUGUUUGCCAUCUCCCACAUCCUCUACUCCUCGGCCUUCGGUAUGAAGCCCCUGAACCCGCUUGCCGGCCUGGUGAUCGGCGCCAUUUCGGCCGUGAGCUACGCCCUGCUCUACCCCUACCUCUCAGGCCCCUUCACCUACCUGGUGGGGGUCUAUAUCGCCCUGAUCGGCUUCAUGGGCUGGCGGGCCGUGGCCGGCCUCCAGUUGGCCAAUGACCUGUGGACCUGGACCAAGAUGUCGGCAUGUCUGGGCGCUGUACUCUUCAUGGUCUCCGACCUCACUAUUGCCGUUAACAAGUUCUGCUUCCCUGUGCCGCACUCACGCGCCGUUAUCAUGGCCACCUACUACGCCGCGCAGAUGCUGAUCGCGCUCUCCGCCGUCGAGUGCCAGGAUGUGGAGACUGCAAGGAAGAUGGCAUGAAGAGGAGAGAGCGAGGUCGCGUCACGUGAUCAAGAAGAUGUGAUAGGGGCAGCCAAUCCCCCUUGUUUUUGUCAUGGACAUAUUCCAGAGACAGUUACCCACAAACCCCCUACUUUGGUUGUAGCGUGGCAUUCGCACACCCUUGUUACCAUGGAAACUAGUGUACUACCACCAGCCUGCCCCAUGGCUAGUGGGACAGUCAAAUACCCUAGUUACCAUGGAGACAAGUGCACUACUUUUAACCCUCAACUACUGCCGUACAGUUCUCGUAGAUACGUCCUAGUUACUAGAGAGUAGUGCACGACAACUCCCCCACCUCACUGCCUAGGAUGUUGGUACAGAUAACCAUACAGAUCACCAUGUCAAGGUUUGUGUGUGGGUGUGGGUGCGUGUGCGUGCGUAUUAGGUUAGAGGAUUCAUACUAUAUAACCUACAGAUGAGUGUGAAUUCUCAUGGCCUGCUACAAUAAUAGCACAUCUUCCUUCUGCCCCCCAGUCAUUGGCUGCCCUCUCCACCCCAUUUACAGUAUAAUGUGGUCCAAUAUUGCAAAUUCAAAUGGAUGUAUUUCCUGUGGCAUAUUGUCUUUGCAUUUUAUCACCAUUAUUUAAUUUAUCUCUGAAAAGGGAGUGUUUAUAGUGAAUAAGUUUGCACAUCUCGACUUUCAACGGGAGGUUGUGUCCCGUAACUACUGUCUGUUCUCAUGUAUUUAGGUGCUGUUCUCAAAGUCUGGAGCACAUCCACCCUCCUUUUUUACUGAUUUUAGUCUUUUCACUUUCACUUAAGACAAACUGCCUUUUGUACUUCUGCUCGCCACACUCCUAUUAGAAUACAACCUCUCUCCUGUGUCUAUGAGCCUAUGAAAAUUGCUGUGAAUGUCUACGCACACACACAGAGAGAGAGAGAGAAUUCGUGGACUUUUACCUAGCUAGCUGUUGCUAAAUCAUUUGUCCUGGAAUAUGAACAUUGGGUUGCUAUUGUAACUGAAAUCCAUAUGGUCCUUCUAUCUGCUGGAUCUUUGUAGAAUUUUGUACCCAUUUUGAGUCCCACAAAAUCGUGUGUUCUCUACUCCGACAAUGAAUCGAAAGGUAAAAGGGAAAACCUAGUAUGUUUUCUUUGAUUCAUCUCUCCUCAUUCAUUCCUCUUUGGAUUUUAUAUGACUGUUGGCAACCGGCAUUAAGGCUCAUGACCUCCAUCAACUAGGCCGGAGUGUGGACCUGCUUCAUCUUUCAAUCACUCACGUGGGUUUGUAUGAUCCUAAAAACCAAGGCGGAGAUGGGAGAGGCAUGACUUGCCGCGCCAAAUAGAACCAAGUUCUAUUUUAGUGCCUGGCUAUGCAGAUGACGUGCGUGAGCAGUUUCGAUGACAUUAUUGAAUAACAUGUAUGUCUACAUUAAUUUUUUUCAACACUCGCGCACGCAAUGUGGCCGGUUUGGUCAGCAUGUGAGAGAUCAUUUGAGAGCGCCUGCUCUAGUAUUUUACCACAGUCAUACUGAUCACUCAAAAGGCUGGUCCCUAAGGGGAACAUUUUUCUUAGGUGUGUGUGUGUGUGUGUACCCUCUGUACCUGAGGCAUCUCACAGGGUUCCUCCUUUACUGUUUAUGUUACCCUGAACACGCACAAACACAUACCACAUAUACACGCUUCCUUCAGGUCACACUUCAUUACCCCCAGCUCCUGCUGGUUUGGUUAUUAGAAGAAGGCUGGUGGUGCCCUUAUUGCUGGAACAUUUUCAGCUACCAACUGUGUGCCUAUGGCCAUAUAAAGUGUUACGAAAAGGACAUGUUGGCUGAAGCCAGUCCUUGUUUUGUCUGCAGUGUUUGGGCCUUCAGAGAAGAACACAGCCCUAGGACACCCUGGUCCCUUAGGGUCCAAACACAGCCAAAAAAGAGAGAGAAGACUGGCCAAUGGUUUCAUUAGCACAAGGGAACAAUUAUACCACUCAAUCCCGAUUGGUUAUAUCCCCCUAGAUAGAUAUGCAGCUAUGACACUUAUCUGUGAUAGUAUUUUUCUCUGUUGCACCAGCUAUAGGGCCAUCUUUGCUGAGUUAUUGUGCUGUCUGUUUGAAGCAUAUUGACUGAAAAAAUGUCUGUGUGUAUUUAAGAAAUUUUAGAAAACAGAUACAUUGUUAUACUUGUUGCAUGUUAUUUUAGUGUGUUUGUGUGUACUGUAUGUGUGUGCGUGUAGGUGUGUGUCGAGCUCCCUCUAGGGCCGUGGCAGAAUUGCUGUGAACUAUCAUUUUGCUUGAACAUUGGCUGAAUGUACAUCAUACCGGCGUAUUCCUAUUUCGUGAUAUUUUCUCAAAAUCCUUUGGCAUUUUCUCUUCAGUCCCCCAUCUUCCUAUUAAUGGAUAUUGUCCAUAGUAUUUUCACCUGCUAUUACCUUUUCCCUUGCUGUCUCUUUCCUUUCUAUGACACCAUAAUCAGGGAUGACUGAUUAAUGCCAGGCCAUUUUUAUGUAACGUUUUCCCAACUAGCACAUAAUGUUCUGAGAACAUUCUUAGACCUUGGUGAGAAUUGGUGAUUAUCCUAUGUUUAUUUUGCAUUCAACUUUUCCACAACUUUCUGGGAAUGGUGCAGGAUAAUUUGGAACAUUCUCAGCACCUUUAAGGAACUUGACAAGAAAAUGAUAUUUUCUUGGUACUUCAUUACUUCAUCCUAAAAGUUCAAACAUGGUUACAUUUCAUUUCAAUUUUGGUCAUGUUCUAGGAAUGUUCUCCAACUGGUUUGGCAUUGGGAAUGUUCAAAAUUGUUCAACUUCGUUAAGAAACAACGUUCUUCGUUGGGAAUUUCAGUACUUCAGGCAUAACUUUUUACUACAGGUUUCCUCCUGGUUCCAUUUAAAGUCACGUUCUCAAAUUGUUCCGAGAACGUUAAAAAAACUUUUCAUAGAAACCACAAAACUUUUGUAAUGUUCAGAGAACGUUCUAGGAAUAUUAUUUAAUAACAUUACAUUCCAUUCUCAGCAUCACCAAAAUUAUCUCUAUCCUCAAUCUUGUUAAGUGUGUUCAGGUGUGUUGCCUGCACCCACUAAUUGGCCCCACCUGGUCUUAAUGAGCGUUCGUUUCAAUUGAAAUGGGGUCUGUUUGAAUAAACUCAAAUUAACAGAUUUGUAAGCGUAGAAAAUAUGGCAUGCUAGCUCCAUUCUGGUGGUGUGGUGGACUAAUUCCAUGGAUAGAUUAUAGGUUAGAAUCUCACUGAUGCCUUGUCACAAUGAAAAAGAAAUGUGUUUGCAUGAUUAAUGCGUAAGGAAAUGUAUUUCCAUGUGUCCUAUCUGUGCAAGUAACCCACUUGUCAACUAUCGCAAAAUCAACAAAACAAUUCACAAUGUCAUUGGAUUUAGGUUAAAAGUUUGGUGGGGAAAAAAACGAAAUUCCCUUCUGUUGACUUUUUGAAAAUCCAAUUGGUUUCCCACGUUGAUUCAACAUCAUCACAUGGAAACAUCAUUGAUUCAACAAGUUUCUGCCCAGUAGGAAAAGUCACAUCCAGUGAACGUUUUAAGGAAGUUAUUAAAAACCUUGAAAUAACCUAUAAUUUCCAUUACAUUACAUUACAUUUAAGUCAUUUAGCAGACGCUCUUAUCCAGAGCGACUUACAAAUUGGUGCAUUCACCUUAUGACAUCCAGUGGAACAGAGAAGAGUGCGUUUAACCGCCGAAACCGUACAGGGUGCGUCCCUGGCCAUUCUCAGAGCGUUAAAGAAACCUCCCAGGAAUACUUUCAAGGAACCAGAGUAAAACAUUCUCAGAACCUCCUGAAACCCCAAAAUAAACCUUCACUUCACUUCUGUUCUCGUAACGUUUACCGGUCAGGAAACGUAUGACUUAAUUCCCACAACCAAUGUGAAACCAAAAACAUACUUUACCACAACUUCCAAGGAACCAAAUGUACUAGCUGGGGUCUCUUCUCAAACAUAAACAUUGUGUGGUUAUUAAAGGCACGUUGUAUAGCUUAUGAGUGUGUAGUCACUAUUUCUUUUAUACCGACUUUUUUCAGCCCUGCAUCCCGCUAAAGGAUGUUCUUUUGAUUACACUUUUCUAUAGAGAGUGGUUGUUGUAUAGCGCCCACAGAGUCUAAUGUAGCAUGAAGAAGGAUGCUAAGAAUUGAUGUGUUCUAUUGGUAUUGAAGACAUCUAUCUGUUGGCUAUUGUUGUUUAUUGAUAUCUAUUCAGCUACAGUAUAAGAAACUAACUGACAGUUUACUGGAAUAAGUAGAGGAACUACUUAAAGAUGCAUACAAACAGUAUAUUGUAACAUAUAUUUAUUUGACCUUUAAUAGUUUUAAAUAUUGUGUAUAGGGAGUAUUUGAAUACUUGUGGAUACACAGAUAGAGUAUCCAAAUAUAUCGUACUGUUCUGUCCCACUGGGCACCAACUGGUUGAAUCAACGUUGUUUCUACAACAUUUCCACAAAGAAAUGCAAUGUUUUUCCUUUUGAUUAUGUUGAAUCAAUGUAGAAGAUUAAUUGGAUUUGCAAAAACUCAUCAACGUACAGGAAUUUUGGAUUUUUUUUGUCAACCAACUUUUAACCUAAAUAAAAUAACAGUCUAAGCUGCAGAAGGGAUUACUGAUAGAUCAAGAUUCUAAAUGAGGGGAAGCAUGAGCUCCCCUUAAUGCAACAAAAGUCCAACUUUAAUUAAACCAUUCUCCUAUUUGUUUAAAAUGCAAUUUUGUACUGUUACAGUUGAACAUUUUUAAAUAAAAGCUUAAACGAACGAUCUCUGUCAUUGUUUAAACCAGUGACAGUUCAGGUUCUUUCAACCGCAUUCAUACUACUCGGCCUGUCUGCUGCUCUCUCUGUCUGUCUUGAGCUUUCGCUAGCAAACUUGCAACAUUGUAUCGACUGGGUCCAGCCAGCUAUCAAACUUGCAACAUUGUUUCAACUGAGCCCUCAGUUUCCCACGGCAAUGACAGGCAGGUCACCCAUGUUACAAGUCAGUAUUCGAUGUCCAUCCAUGUCUGAGGACGUUGGUUGGUGACAUAAAAACUGGCCACUAACUAGGGACAACAGUGAGUGCUGUUACCUUCAAGUAGGUGUUGUGGACAGGGAUGGUGGAUGGGCACAAGCAUCUGCCUCUGGUUUCAUGUUCAAAUCCAGUGAUAUAAAGUAUUUUUUUAAAUUUUUGUUUUAAGCCUAUCCCAAUCCUUAACCCUUACCUUAACCAUUUGGAGUUCAUGCCUAAACUUAACCUAGGCAUGAUAGAGAAGUAACCAAACAUUUAGAAAUUUGACCCUUGGAACAACUUCAAAAUUUGAAGUUUGAGAAACACGGAUGAACGUCUAACUCUGACGUGUCACUGUGUUAGCGUGUUAGUUUUUACGUCCCUUAUUUCAGCCACUUUUGUUCCAAAAGGUCCAUUUGCCAUCAAGAUGUAUCAAUUAAUUCAGGCUAUAAGAGUGUAGGCCUAAUGACAACAUCAUGACUGGUUAUGUUUAUGCCACAUUAAAAGGUAGUACAUGUUUCCUGUUAAAAUAGGCAUACAUUUCUUUACUAUUAGGCCCAUAUUAGUUUUUUAAAACAUUUUUAAAUAGGAGGUCCCGUGAAAUGUUGUGUUAUAAUUCGCACUCUGAUCCGGAUCCAUGUCAGAUUAUGUAACUCUGGAUUUUGGGAGUAUUUUUGUUGGAUUUAUUUGAGUGGCAAAUGUAUGAUAGCAGCAAGGCAAACUAUAAACAAACCUAGGUCUGCAUCCUAAAUGGCACCCUGUUCCCUAUUUAGUGCACUACUUUUGCCCAUUGGAUUCUGGUCAAAAAUAGUGCACUAUAUAGGGGAUAGGGUACCAUUUGCCAUUUGGGACACAACCUGGGUCAACGAAUCAUGGGUAUUGAUGCCAAUUAAGAUGAUUUCGCAGUUUGGGUUGGUAGGUAUCUAAAAGGAUAACCCGUAUGUAUCUCCUUGGAUCUCUAUCAUGUAACUAGUAACCAAAGAGCUGUGGAACCACAUAAUUGGAGUUCUAAGUCUAUGUGUAGAAAAUUCUCUAGAGUUCUAGACAUCUGGAAAACCUCUCUUUGUACAGUCAGCCCUUUGUUGUAGUGCACUACACAGGAUGCGUCUGGAAAUGUAUUGCACCAUAUAGGGAAUAGGAUGCCAUUUCAGAUGCAGCCAUGGUGGCCCCACACAAUAAGUAUUCUAUGGGAUUUCCACUUCAAAACAAUCAUGAGAUGAGGGACAACGAGCAGGAUAUUCGAAUAAAAACAUUUGGCAGCCACACAAUGUAAAUGACACCAUCAUUUCUCAAAGUUUGUACCGAUAAAUAGCCUACAGAUAGAUAGCCUAUUGCAUAUCAUUUGAGAAUAUGCAUGAAGUCUAUUGAAUAUGCAUUAUCUCAAGAACAUUUCAUAUUUUUAAUUCCCUCAAACACCAAGUAAGGCAUACCUAAUUUCACAAUAGGCCAUGGCAUCAUCACUGUCAAUCGUGAACAAUCAUUCUUAAUGUUUUACCAGUGAAAUGUCCCAAAUGCGUCUGCAUGCCAAUCAUUUGAUCUCAAACAUUCGUGAGCAAAUGAGAGCAGAUGGUGUUAAAAUACGGAAUGAGGUGGUGUUUUUUAUGUAACGUUAUACUAUGCUAAUUUGGUAAUCUUAUGUAGAAUACUAAUGAAUCAUUAUGUGAUCUUCCAAGACAUUGAUUCAGUGGAGGAGCGAUCCAUCCCUGCAGUCCGCAGCACCGAAUGAGCAAUUAAAGCGCACCUAUCCUACUCUGUUGCCUCAUGAUAAAUUUAGUGAUGCAGAAAUGAGAGACAGCAUGUGUGGCUCUUUUAUGAAAAUCUGGGAAUAUUUGGCCAAGGACAUAUCUGGUUGGUCUCAGGGAAUGCAAAACAGGAUUGAGUGAAGUAGCAGCAAAUAUGUGGCCGACCAGCUCGAAUUCGGUCUUAUGUAGCAAAAUUUGACUUGUGUUUUUUACAUUGGAUAAAAGUAGAGACUCAGAGCUAGAAAAUGCUAUAUCAAACACUACAGUUUAGGAACAAUGGGAAAGUAAUUCUGCUUUGAAAGUUGAUAAACUUAUAAUGUCACUUUUGAGUAAAUGGCCCUUGAAUGUUUUGGUACACCUACUGGAGAGCUCUUCUUUGUCUACCCCCAUUCAGCAUCAUUCACAUCCUCUUAAGCCUUAGCCUCACCCAUCUCUUUAAGGAUUCACAUGAUGCCAUGUACUAAACAACCAAAGAUUUCAAGACUAAAGGCUGGUUUAUACUACGUCUAUUGACAGUUCUCGCAGUGACAUCAUGAACAUUAUAUUGUUGUCCGACAUCAAACUUGUCGUUGUCGUUAUGAAAUAGUAUAAACACAAAAACUAGAGCCAACAGAAAACAGGUUACGGUUGUGAGUGUGAUGAAAUAAAAGCAGGGCAUUCUACCGGAUAAUUUUUAAACUUGGAGACCGUCUUGUUGGCCUAACGUUAUAUCCUAAUUUGACUUUGGUGCAGGUCAUGUUCUUCACAUUACCGUCUCUAGUAAACGCACAUUAUAUAUCAAAUAAAAGUGUAUUUGUCACAUGCACAGGAUACAGAAGGUGUAGUGAAAUGGUUACUUGCAUAGUGAAGUCUUUUGUUUAGACAUGUAGCUAGCUAGCUAAACAAUGAACCAUAAUCCCACCUCAUAACAUCACUACCCUGCAUGAAUCUGCAGGUAGCUAACCAACCAGGUUCAAUGUUAGCUAGCUAGUUAACAUUAGACUAUAACUAGCCAUGCAAAUGGCUCUGAGAUACGAAUAAUAUUACUACACAGAUCACACAUGUAACGUUAGCUAGCUAACAGUACGCUUUAACUUGAAAUUACUUUCUUACUAUUUGAAAUGUAUAAUAUCUGAACAUGUAGCUAGCUAGACUAUCCUACCUGUAUACAUGGAUGGACGCAACUCCAUUUCUGUCAGCCUUCUGUGUGUUCUUUUUUCAACUGCCUCUACAUAUUUGGAAUAAAAGCCAGAAUUUUCUCGAUCUCUUUAGCUAUCAUACUCUAAUUCCACCAGGCAUUGCACUGAUUUCAAAACUCGGUCCUCUAGAAAGUGGAGAGAAACACUUAUACAGUUCUACUACGUGAUAUUUUUCAAAAAAGCAGCGUUAGAAAGGAUUACCUACACAUACUGACCAGCUCAUGUUAUCUUCUUGACGCUACCCAUCCCUUAAGCAGGAUAAUUGUCAUCAGCAACUGCUAAAUAGCAUAGUGCCUCAGUCAAAUAAUAUUACUAAAAAUAUUCAUAUUCAUGAAAUCACAAGUGCAAUAUUGCAAAACACAGCUUAGCCUUUUGUUAAUCCACCUGUCGUCUCAGAUUUUGAAAUUAUGCUUUACAGCGAAAGCAAUCCAAGCGUUUGUGUAAGUUUAUCGAUCGCACAACAAAACAUUAAGUACACUUAGCAUCAGGUAGCUCGGUCACGAAAAUCAGAAAAGCAAUCAAAUGAAUCGUUUACCUUUGAUGAUCUUUGGAUGUUUUCACACACGAGACUCCCAGUUACACAACAAAUGUUCCUUUUGUUCCAUAAAGAUGAUUUUUAUAUCCAAAAUACCUCCGUUUGUUUGGCGCAUUAUGUUGAGAAAUCCACAGGAAAGAGCGGUCACGACAACGCAGACGAAAAUUCCAAAUAGUUUCCAUAAUGUCCACAGAAACAUGUCAAACGUUUUUUAUAAUCAUACCUCAGGUUGUUUUUAAAAUAUAUAAUCAAUAAUAUAUCAACCGCAAAUGUCUUUCACAGUAGGAGAGGGAAAAACAAUAGAUGUCCAAAUUCUGUUGCGCGAGCAAAACUCAUGUGACCACUUGACGCGAUGUUAUCGUUCUGGCUCAUUUUUCCAAAUAAAAGCCUGAAACUGUCUGAAGACUGUUUACACCUUGAGGAAGCAAUAGGAAAAUGAAUCUGGUUGAUAUCCCUUUAAAUGGAGCAAUGGGAGUUUUCAAAAUAGCAGCCACUUCCUGGUUAGAUUUUUCUCAGGGUUUCGCCUGCAAUAUCAGUUAUGUUAUACUCACAGACAAUAUUUUGACCGUUUUGGAAACUUUAGAGUGCAUCUGGGACAGAGUAGGUGGCAGUUCAGUCUGGGCACGCUAUUCAUCCAAAAGUGAAAAUGCUGCCCCCUAUCCCAAAAAGGUUAAGUUAAUUUUAGACAUCUCAGAAUUCAAAAAGUCAAACAGACUGCUUAUCUCGCCAACUUGACACAAAGUAGCCCAAGAAACGUUCCUGAAUAAAGCCCUGAUCAUCCACAUACCUGACGAUAACUGACAACUGCAACAGACCGGUGCCACCAUAGGUCCCAGAGCGGUGGGGCAAUUUUUACCCCGUGGAGCCUGGUGUUUUUCCUUAUCUGUUAACCUAACCAGGAAAACUCUGGACCCUAUAAUGUAUGACAGCCAUUAAUCACUUGUAAAAUGGUUUUAUAUGGGCUAUGAUGGGACCAGUUGUCCUAAUUAGGUCACACGGGUUUUUUUUAAACUCCUGAAAAAAACUCCAGGCCCUAGGGGGGGUGAAAACCCUGUCAAACUGCAGCAACCUUAUAAUUGUUCAUAUUAAUUAUAUUUAGACUAGAUUCAGAGGGGGAUUUCCUCUACCCAGACACAGAGACAACUGAACUCACAGGGCUGAGCUUGCUUCAUGCAUGUUUGCUUUAUGUAUGUGUAGGCCUAAUAAACAUUAUCUCACAUUUGUCAUCACUAUUAUGUUGAUUGAUUUAAUUCCAGUUAAUCAUUUUGAACUGAAUAUGUAGCCAGCCCAAGUUUGAAUAUAAACCAAAUUUGAUCACAUUCACAUUUUCUCCUGACAAAACGUUACCAAUUUGUUUACCCUGACCAGAUGGGCAGCUGCUAUUAUUAGGUGCCUACAGUUGAUCAGACUGAAACAUCGUCUCGUUUCAUCCGAUACAGCAUGUCCAAUCUCUAAUGUUUAGGUGUAACCUAGGCUGCUGCAACAUUUAUGUAAUGAGUUUUUGCUUGUGUCAGUCCGGAGUGAUUGUGUUAUUGAUGACCUUUGCUAAAUAAAUACAGAAGGAAAGUGGAAAGCCUACUUCAGCGAGCGCAAAAAAAUGCUCUGCGUCAACCUCUCUCUUUAAAUCUCACUUUUAAUGGAUGAUCUGAAGGAAGCCAUCAAAACAUUCUGAAUUGAUUUCAACAUGCCAGAAAAGACAGUCGAAAGUUCCAUAUGUUAAGCAAGUAAAGCAUCGCAACGCGCAAUUAGCGGAACUUCCUCUCUCUUCGUGUUCUCUAAAAGACAAUUCGUGCAUGCCCAAAAAUGUGGUGGUGUCGAUAAGCUGCUUCAUAACAUCCCUUUUUCGUUUUACUUUCUCGUUGUUACACAGUUUGAAUACACAGACCUUCAUCCAUUACAUGAUCGAUGCGUUUUUUUCCCAGAUGCUUGAAUCUGAUUUAAAAUAAAUAUUAUUUCACCUUUAUUUAUCCAGAUAGGCCAGUUGAGAACAAGUUCUCAUUCUCAACUGCGACCUGGCCAAGAUAAAGCAAAGCACUGCGACACAAACAACAACACAGAGUUACACAUGGAAUAAACAAACGUACAGUUAAUAACACAAAAAAAAAUUGAUAUACAGUGUGUGCAAAUGGCGUGAGGAGGUAAGGCAAUAAAUAGGCCAUAAUAGCGAAGUAAUUACAAUUUAUCAAAUUAACACGGGAGUGAUAGAUGUGCAGAUAAUGAUGUGCAAGUAGAAAUACUGGAGUGCAAAAGAGCAAAAAGUAAAUAAAAGCAAUAUGGGGAUGAGGUAGGUAGAUUGGAUGGACUAUUUACAGAUGGGCUGGGUACAGCUGCAGCGAUCGGUUAGCUUCUCAGAUAGCUGAUGUUUAAAGUUAGUGAGGGAGAUAUAAGUCUCCAACUUCAGCAAUUUUUGCAAUUCGUUCAUGUCAUUGGCAGCAGAGAACUGGAAGGAAAGGUGUCCAAAGGAGGUAUUGGCUUUAGGGAUGACCAGUGAGAUAUACCUGCUGGAGCACGUGCCACAGGUGGGUGUUUUUAUCGUGACCAGUGAGCUUAGAUAAGGCAGAGCUUUACCUAGCAAAGACUUAUAGAUGACCUGGGGUCAGUGGGUCUGGCGACGAAUAAGUAGCGAGGGCCAGCUGACGAGAGCAUACAGGUCGCAGUGGUGGGUGGUGUAUGUGGCUUUGGUGACAAAACGGAUGGCACUGUGAUAGACUGCAUUCAGAUUGCUGAGUAGAGUGUUGGAGGCUAUUUUGUAAAUUACAUCGCUGAAGUCGAGGAUCGGUAGGAUAGUCAGUUUUACGAGGGUAUGUUUGGCGCCGUGGGUUGAGGAGUUUUUGUUGUGAAAUAGGAAGCCGAUUCUAGAUUUCAUUUUGUAUUGGAGAUGCUUAAUGUGAGUCUGGAAGGAGAGUUUACAGUCUAGCCAGACACCUAGGUAUUUGUAGUUGUCCACAUAUUCUAAGUCAGAACCGUCCAGAAUAGUGAUGCUAGUCGGGCAGGCGGGUGCGGGCAGCGAUCGGUUGAAAAGCAUGCAUUUAGUUUUACUAGCGUUUAAGAGCAAUUGGAGGCCACGGAAGGAGUGUUGUAUGGCAUUCAAGUUCGUUUGGAGGUUUGUUAACACAGUGUCCAAAGAAGGGCCAGAUGUUUACAGAAUGGUGUCGUCUGCAUAGAGGUGGAUCAGGGAAUCACCCGCAGCUAGAGCGACCUCGUUGAUAUAUACAGAGAAAAGAGUCAGCCCGAGAAUUGAACCCUGUGGUACCCCCAUAGAGACUGCCAGAGGUCCGGACAACAGGCCCUCCAAUUUGACACACUGAACUCUAUCUGAGAAGUAGUUGGUGAACCAGGCGAGGCAGUCAUUUGAGAAACCAAGGCUGUUGAGUCUGCCGAUAAGAAUACGGUGAUUGACAGAGUCGAAAGCCUUGGCCAGAUCGAUGAAGACGGCUGCACAGUACUGUCUUUUAUCGAUGGCGGUUAUGAUAUCGUUUAAUACGUUGAGCGUGGCUGAGGUGCACCUGUGACCAGCUUGGAGACCGGAUUGCACAGCGGAGAAGGUACAGUGGGAUUCGAAAGGGUUAGUGAUGUGUUUAUUAACUUGGCUUUCAAAGACUUUAGAAAUGCAGAGCAGGAUGGAUAUAGGUCUUUAACAGUUUUGGUCUAGAGUUUGAAAAGGGGGAUGACUGCGGCAGCUUUCCGAUCUUUAGGGAUCUCGGACGAUACAAAAGAGAGGUUGAACAGACUGGUAAUAGGGGUUGCAACAAUGGCGGCAAAUAAUUUUAGAAAGAGAGGACCCAGCUGAUUUGUACGGGUCCAGGUUUUGCAGCUCUUUCAGAACAUCUGCUAUCUGGAUUUGGGUGAAGGAGAAGCUGGGGAGGCUUGGGCAAGUAGCUAUGGGGGGUGCAGAGCUGUUGGGCGGGGUUGGGGUAGCCAGUAGGAAGUCAUGGCCAGCUGUAGAGAAAUGCUUAUUGAAAUUCUCGAUUAUCGUGGAUUUAUCGGUGGUGACAGUGUUUCCUAUCCUCAGUGCAUUGGGCAGCUGGAAGGAGGUGCUCUUAUUCUCCAUGGACUUUACAGUGUCCCAAAACGUUUUGGAGUUAGCUACAGGAUGCAAAUUUCGGUUUGAUAAAGCUAGCCUUUGCUUUCCUGACUGACUGCGUGUAUUGGUUCCUGACUUCCCUGAAAAGUUGCAUAUCGCGGGGACUAUUCGAUGCUAGUGCAGUCUGCCACAGGAUGUUUUUGUGCUGGUCGAGGGCAAUCAGGUCUAGAGUGAACCAUGGGCAAAAUCUGUUCUUAGUUCUAAAUUUUUUGAAAGGGACGUGCUUAUUUAAGAUGGUGAGGAAAUUACUUUUAAAGAAUGACCAGGCAUGCUCUACCGACAGGAUGAGUUCAAUAUCCUUCCAGGAUACCCGGGCCAGGUCGAUUAGAAAGGCCUGCUCGCAGAAGUGUUUUAGGGAGCGUUUGACAAUGAUGAGGGGUGGCCGUUUGAACGCGGAUCCAUAGUGGAUGCAGGCAAUGAGGCAGUGAUCGCUGAGAUCCUGAUUGAAAACAGCAGAGUUGAAUUUGGAGGACAAGUUGGUCAGGAUAAAAUCUAUGAGGAUGCCCAUGUUUACGGAUUUAGGGCUGUACCUGGUGGGUUCCUUGAUCAUUUGUGUGAGAUUGAGGGCAUCUAGCUUAGAUUGUAGGACUGCCGGGGUGUUAAGCAUAUCCCAGUUUAGGUCACCUAACAGAAGGAACUCUGAAGAUAGAUGGGGGGCAAUCAAUUCACAUAUGGUGUCCAGGGCACAGCUGGGAGCUGAGGGGUGUCUAUAACAGGCGGCAACAGUGAGAGACUUAUUUCUGGAGAGAUUCAUUUUUUAAAUUAGAAGUUCUAACUGUUUGGGCAUGACCUGGAAAGUAUGACAGAACUUUGCAGGCUAUCUCUGCAGUAGAUUGCAACUCCUCCCCCUUUGGCAGUUCUAUCUUGACGGAAAAUGUGGAAGUUUGGGAUGGAUAUCUCCAAAUUUUUGGUGGCCUUCCUAAGCCAGAAUUCAGACACGGCUAGGACAUCAGGGUUGGCGGAGUGUGCUAAAGCAGUGAGUAAAAAACUUAGCGAGGAGGCCUCUGAUGUUAACAUGCAUGAAACCAAGGCUUUUACGGUUACAGAAGUGAACAAAUAAGAGCGCACAGGUCCUGGGUUAACCUCCACAUCACCCGAGGAACAGAGGAGGAGUAGGAUGAGGGUACGGCUAAAGGCUAUCAAAACUGGUCGUCGAAUGCGUUGGGGACAGAGAAUAAGAGGAGAAGAUUUCUGGGCGUGGUAGGAUAGCUUCAGGGCAUAGUGUACAGACAGGGGUAUGGUAGGGUGUGGGUACAGUGGAGGAAAACCUAGGCAUUGAGUGACGAUAAGAGAGGUUGCAUCUCUGGAUGCACUAGUUAUGGUGGGUGAGGUCACUGCAUGUGUGGGAGGUGGGACAAAAGAGGUAUCUGAGGCAUGUUGAGUGGGACUAGGGGCUCCACAGUAAACUAAAACAAUAAUAACUAUCCUAAACAACAGUAUACAAGGCAUAUUGACAUUAGAAAGAGACAUAAAGUGAGGCAUAAAGCAAUCACAGGUGUUGAUUGGGAGAGCUAGCUAAGACAACAACGGGUAAGACAACAACAGCUAAUCAGCUAAGACAACAACAACAGGUAAAAUGGCGAUGAAUGGGCAGAGAGGGUCAGUUAACUACACACAGGGCCUGAGUUUGAGGCUGGGGCCGACAGAUAAACAAAAAUAAAGUUCCGUGAUUAAUGAACAGUCCAGCAGGCAUCAGCUAUGUAGCCAAGUGAUCAUAGGGUCCAGUGAACAGCAAUAGACGAGACAUGGAAGCCGCUGGGUAGUCGUUACUACGCUAGCAAGCGGCAGACACGGCGUUCAAAAAAAUAAACAGUUAGCAGGCCAGGGCUAGUAGAAGCGUCUGCUCCGAUGUCCGUCAAAGAUAGAUUACGUCGGCAGACCGGUUGUGAUGGAACAGCAGGGCUCCGUGUCGACAAAGGGUCCGGGCCAGUUGGCAAAAGAGGUAUUGUAGCUGGAGUAAUUUAGUUUGCUAGCCGGGAGAUGCGCCUGGCUCGCGGCUAACUGGUGCUAGCUUUGGGACAAGAGUGUUAGCGACUAUAGCCACUCGGUAGCAGCUAGCUAGCAGCGAUGAUCCGAUGCAAGAAUUCAGUGGAGUAGUGGAUUCUAGUCGUGUUAGUGAAGAGUCCAGGAGGCAUCAGCUGUAUAGCCAAGUGAUCACUGAGCAGGCCGGGAGGUGGGCCUGGCUCAAAGCUAGCUUCGGAGCUUGGCCACUCGGUGGCAGCUAGCUAGCUGUGAUGAUCAGGGGUAAUGGUCCAGGGCUUACGGGAGGAAUCCGGUGUUAUAGUGGAGAAAACAGUCAUAUACAGGCAGGCUGGCAAGUAUUAUCCAGGCUAAAAGCGUCUGGUGUCUGUGCAAAAGGUAAAGGCUUCUAGCAGUGGCAAACAAUGACUAAAUAGCUAGUAGCUAAUUAGCUGUUUAGCUUCUAAUGGCUAGCUUCUGUUGGAGGUUCUGGCUAUCAGGUCUAAAAAUACCAGAUCCGUUAUCACAUUGGGUGAGGUGGGUUGCUGGAAGGCAUAUUUAAUCUAAAAAUGAAAAAAAAAGACAUUGAAAAUGAAUUGAAAUAUAUACAAAAAAGACAAAAAAGAUGAAAUGUACACGGGAGAACAACAAACAACUUAUGCACAAUUAUUUGAUGACAUACACUGUAUGAAUAUAUUUAGUAUAGUCGUAUCUAAAAAGUACAACUUUUUUUAAAAUGUACUGAGGAGGAUGGUCUUCCCCUUCCUCCACUGGUCAGAAUGAGUGACUGACAAAUCAACCUUUUUUUCCAAAUUUGAAUUUGUUGAUAAAAUGCGGGACAUGAUUGUUUGGUUGCGGGACAAUGGGCCAAAAUGUGGGAUAGUCUCUCACAAUUCAGAACAUCUGGUCACCCUACAUGAGAUAUACAGUAUCUCCAAGCAGGUUAGGUGGUGAAAUAUGACACAUGGGUAAAAUUGCCUGUUACAGUAGCUAGCUACUAAUACCCAGCGCACCACAGAUGGCAGGCUGUAGAGCACCACUUUACCUUCCCUAUCAACAACCCUGUUGUUCUCUGCCUAUGUGAGACUUAGACAAAGGUAGGUGAGAGUCAUCUGGGAGGUGGUAGAGACAGACAAUGUUUGGGCUGUGAUGUGUGAGUGAUGAGGUGGAAUGAGUGAGUAGGCGUUGGAGAGAGGAGAGGUCUAUGAAAAUGCUAUUCCCUACUAAGCACUUUUCUACUUUUGUUUAGAGUUCCUUUAUCACUUUCUCAUUCACUUGCUGUCUAUUGAAGCUAACAUUAUCUUUGUUUGGUUUGUGUCUGAGUGGAGAUAGAAUGCACAUUGACCUGAUCAUAAUAUUUAGUGUCACCUCUAAAGUUUUGAUGAUCUCUCAAUGGCUGCCUCAAAUCAUUUGGCUGUAUGCACAUUUGUUGUUGUGUAUCUGGAUGUUCAUUGACUCUAUACACUAACACAAUGUGACUCCUUUUAAGGGAACCACAAACUCACAUGUUCAGAACAGGAUUUUGGGUUAAACAGCAAAACAUUUUACCUGGAUAAGUCCAGGUAGUCCCUCCCUGUUUGAGUCAGUUUUAUUCCAUUUGGUGCCUAAUGAAUUUUCUGUUCUCCACUUAAUGCCAAUAAUGCACCACUCUGACCAGUGGCGUUAUGUUGGAUGAUAAGAGGCUUCCCACUGGACACAGACAUCAAUUGAACAUCUAUUCCAAGGUUGUCUAACACAAUUUUAUUGAAAUUACUUUUAAUUUUAAAUUAAUUUUAUUGAAACAAUUUUGAUUCAACCAGUGUGUGUUCUGCUUCAAAUAUAAACAUGUAUCUUCUACUAUGGACAAUUGUCAUGAUUAAACAAUGCAUGGGUACAAGUAACUAUACACCAACAUAAAAGGUCUUAAUAGGGUGUUGGGCCAAGGCCAGUAUGUAGGGGAUCUAGUUUCAGGCGUUUCUUCUACGCCUGUUACAUUAGAUUAUGGUGAUGGUGGGGGAAAACUCUGUCUCAGGCGCUGCUCCAAUCUCCCAUAAGUGUUCAACUGGUUGAGAUUUGAUGACUGAAACACACACCAGUGAAGGCUGCUGAAGGGAGGACGACUCAUAAUAAUGUCUGGAACUGCCUGGAAACCAUGUGUUUGAUGUAUUUAUACCUUAAUUGAGCCCGGCCUCCCCAAUUAAGGUGCCACCAACCUCCUGUGACACACAAACACAUUUUGCCACAGAUUUGAAAGCAGAUUUAUGUCAACGCUGUAACUUGGCCACUCAGGAACAUUCACUGUCUACUUGGUAAUCAACAGUUAGAUUUGGCCUUGUGUUGUAGUUUAUUGUCCUGCUGAAAAGUAAUGUCCUCUCUGUGUAAAGCAGACUGAAGCUGAUUUUCCUCUAUGAUUUUGCCAGUGCUUAUCCACAUGGGGAAAAUACAAUAGGAUACUAUGGUCUAAAUACUGUAGUGUUAGUACAUUUAUAGGCUAUAGUAUUCGUGCUUCUACAUCUGCAUUGCUUGCUGUUUGGGGUUUUAGGCUGAGUUUCUGUAUAGCACUUUGUGACAUCGGCUGAUGUAAAAAGUGCUUUAUAAAUACAUUUGAUUGGUUGAUUGAUUGAUUGAUAUUGACUUUAGUAUUUUUGCUGUCUUUACUGUAGUAUUCACUGUAGUUUUUUUUUGCAGACUUGACUAUAGUAUACUGUAGUUUUCACUGUAGUGUUUUUGUUGACCUGCCUGUAGUUUUCCUUAUUAGGGGAGGACAUGCAGGAAAUGUAUAAAGGCACCCCUUGGUCAUGUUCAGGUGAGAGCUUUGUACCUGGAAGGUCCUUUGUGUGUAUAGGCUGUACUGUGUUGGUGCUAUUGGAUUAUUUCUGUGAGCAACCAUUUUGUGUCCAAGCUGUCUUGAAGAAAUGUUUGCGGGUGUGGUCGGUUGUUCUGAAUGGUAUGUGUUGAGUUUGACCAUCAGUGAAUUUAUUCACUUCUGACAAUAUUCAAGAUGUUCAUUAUGUAAAGUCACUGCAAUAAUGUCCUUUUGUUUUCAGUUGGUUUGUUUGGAGAGGCUUUGCUGGUUUGAGGUCCAGGCAUUUUAUUUGCAUCAUCCCUCCGAUAUGGUGACUGUCUAAGUAAAGUCAUUUGUAUUUCUAAAAUAUCUAUUGUUUAUGUAAAUGUGAACAUGGUCAGCCGAAUCUCUGUGAAAGCACUAUUUCAGAAAGCUACCUAGUGGAAGUAACAGAUCUAAGAAAUAAUUGAGUUGUACUCUUGUUAAUGUGUGUUACUUAUCUGCAUCAAACAAGCAAACCUAAUCUUUUAAGCUUUAAUAAACAUUGCUUGUUCUUCA